AUGACGGAUGAAGACAAACUCAGCUGCAGAGAGGUCUUUGGGCAUAAAAGCUACUGUCAGUCCAUGCUGAGAGGUAGGAACAGGUGGUGGGGUCUGAAGCUUCUGGAUUACGUGCUCUACUGCCCUGAUGUUCUCACGGCAUUCCCCACUGUAGCUCUGCCUCAUCUGUUCCACGCUUCAUACUGGGAGUCUACAGAUGCUGUGGCCUUCAUCCUCAGACAGGUCAAACUAAUGUUUUUUGGACAAACGCUUGCAAGCCUGGAAGUUGUUUGCUUAGUAGUUCGACACGCUACAUGUUCGAACGAUUGUGGACCCCUGACCAUCACACCCAUAUGUGGUUCUUCUGCAAAACAAAAUUGGAAGCACAUGACAAUGUUGGUACAGCUCCCACAUACUUUGAUACACAGAGUAUGUGACGAGAUAGCGACAGAGGACGGGAUGCUGGUGGGGAGGUUCAUGUACGGCCCUCUGGACAUGGUCACCCACGCUGGAGAGAAGGUGGAUGUGUUUUUGAUGACGCAGCCCGGAUCGGGACGAUGGGUGAUGUUUGAUACCGAGGUAACCACCAACAGCGGUCGUGUGACCUACACCAUUCCUGCAAACAAGAGACUCUCGGUUGGCGUUUACCCCAUCAAAAUGGUGGUCAAAGGAGACCAGACGAGUGCGGAGGCGUUCCUCACCGUGCUGCCACGAGGAAUGGAGUGUGUGGUGUUCAGUAUUGACGGCUCCUUUGCUAAAGUCCGUCCUGGAGCUAUAGAUGUGGUUCGGCACUGGCAGGACCUCGGUUACCUCAUCAUCUACAUCACAGGUCGAACCAACACGCAGAAGCAGAGGGUGGUGUCAUGGCUGUCAAAGCACAACUUCCCCCAGGGCAUGGUGUUUUUCUCCGAGGGGCUCGUCCAUCGCCACCUUCGCCAGAAAACCCGCUUUCUCAGAAGCCUCAUCAACGAGUGUCACAUUAACAUUAGUGCGGCGUACGGCUUUAUGAAGGACAUGCCUGUGUACAGCGCGCUCGGCCUGGACGCCUCGCAGAUCUACAUCAUGGGACGACCAUCCAAGAAGCACCAGCACCAGUGUCAGUUCCUGAGCGAACUAUACGCGGCUCACCUCUCCGCUCUGGAGUUCGAGCACGGUUCACGUCCCAAAAAGAACCACAUGAUCCUGCGCCAGGGCUCUUUCCUCCUGUCUCCGUCGCCUGAUUUCUUGACACGCAAGCGCACUCUGCUGCUGUGCCGAGCCAUGUCCAUGCAGCAGGCAUCUGCACCCGCUUCCUCGUCGUCCACGCCCAAACCAGAGCGUGCUCAGAGCCAGCCCGAGAGAUACAGGGACAGGACUGAGAUCUGCAUCAAAAUUGACGAUUAGGACCUGGAAACAGGAGGCUUUACUGCUGUAAUGUGAGAACAUGUGACCACUUGGUGCACGGAUAAAAGUACGAUAUUGUGCUUGUGGUAAACGGUUUAGAUUAGACUUUUUUUUUAAUCGAGUGUUGUGAAAUGUUCAGAAUUUCAUUCCUAUUUCAUUCCUGUUGUUUUCUCCCAGCAGUUAUUACGGAACUCUCUGUUUAUUUUCUGUGUUACAUCAGAGAGCAGUUUUUUUAAAAAGUAUAUGUUUUGAGAACGCUGACUGCAUACAUGUGAAUGAUAUCCAUGCUUGAUAAAAGAUCGUUGUAUCAGUGGAAAAAUAA